CCGGCGCUGAUUGGUGGUUCCGCAUCCGCCCGGGCUGCACGUGCGGCGGGGGCGGGGCGGGGCGGGGGGGGCGCCCGGUGCCGGGACCCGGCGGCGGCGGCAGCGAGCGGCGGGGCCGGGAGCGAGGAGCGGGGCCGGGGAGCGGGGCCGGGCUGCGGCGGCUGCGGCGCUCCCCGCGGCGUCGGGGCGGCGGGAGCCCGGCGCGGGACAGGCUGCACGGCUGCUAUUGGAAAGAUGUCUUUAGAGUCUUUAGCGUGAAAGGUUAACGUUUCUGCGUCAGGAAGGGAUCUCUAAAGCAGUGAGAUGUAUUCAGCAACUUGUUUGGACCAGAGAGUAGAAGAGCUGCAAAAAGUUAAGCUGAGGUGGUAUCUUUCUCCCUGAUGCUUCAGAUCGUAUUAACCUGUAAAACCUGAAAGCUGAACUCUCUCCUUGCAUGAAACCAGUGUUUCACCUUCUCAGGAUAAUCCGCUCUUACACACACACACAUUUCCUCGGGAAAACGGGACCUCGCUCCCUGCUGCACCUGUGGUCUGUCCAAGUCCGUGGCCAGCACCAAGUGCUUCAACGGUUACUGGAAGUAACGUUUUACAUGAUGCAGAAAGAUGUGAGAAGAAAUUCCGUGUUAGAGAAGUAGGUUGUGGCUCCAUCGUCUUCUGAAGCUCUUCUGUUUCCCUCGUCAAUUCACCGUUUGCUCCUAGACCCUUCCCUAGAAAGAACGACUGUGAACAAAGGUUCAGCCGUGCACUAAGUCAGGUCGGGAACCUGAUCCAGCUGAAAAAUGGUUUUCUUAGUUAAUUUUUAGCUGGAUCAGCUUCUUUAUUUGGUGGUGCAGCGAGGUGGGCACAGGCGUGAGGGAGACGGCUUUGUGCGGUGAGGAAGAAGAGCUACCGCCGGUCAUCAGCCACGGUGAAGGCCGUGGUUCCCUGAGCACCGUGACCAGCUCAAGGGCACAGGUCCUACAGACCUGCCCUGAGAAAUGAGCGUCUCGGUCACACAGGUGCCUCAGAAAACCUGCUUUGGCUUUUUAAAAUUGAAUAAUCUGUCCAAAGUUUCUUCCUGAUAUGAAUACAUGACUUGUAAGUUAUAGUGGUUUCUUGAAACUCAGCCUUCAUUAAAAGCCCACCUCUCAUGGCAGCAAAGACAAAUUUCGACAUGAGAACUCAAAAUAAAUUGAUGCAGGGAAGACUAUACGUGGCUUCAUGUGUUGCACGGCAGCGUCAGCUCUCGUGUAGCGUGGGCAUCCCGGCAGUACUAGUCAAAGUGUUUCGGCUGGAGCUGACUAAAAUCGUGUUUCUCUGUUACAGAAAUACUGCAUCGCACCUGCAGCAGCUCCCACGCGGUCCUGGUACAGAUCGAUGCUCUCGGUAUUGGUGGUUUUCAGUGGUUUUCUCCCUGUUGCAUUACAGUUGCCUUGCCCUAGCAGAAGCCAAGAGCAUUUGUCAGACUUUCUGUCCUCCCUGUUCUUUCACUCAUAAAUGUGCCCAGGAAACAGCCAGUGGCUGCUUUCAAGAUUUGUUCUUCUGUUUCUUGGAUAAUUCCUUGUUCUUUCCACGCCACACGACAGAAGUGUUUUGACAUCCGCGUGCCUUUGAGAGGCGUCCUCUCCGCGACCCUCACCCGCGUGAGCCAGCAGCCGGAGCAGGUGUUCCCUGGGGAGGGACAGACAUUCAGACACAGCACCUCAGUCCCCUACACCGUCUUUCCGUAGGAAAGCAGGCAGUUGACCUCCGACUCCUGCUUGCUGGCGUUCACCGCUGAGGCCCGCUGGCACGACGCAGCCGUAUCCUCGAGCUUGGGACCUGCUGGAAGGCUGCUUCAGGCCCACCGCCCUCUGCACAGCAGGUCUGCAGCCCUCCACAGCCCGCUCCUUUACCGUGUGGGGAGGUGUUUCGGGGGGGCUUUUACAGCCCUGAAAGCUCUGCUUACUGAUCCCUCGCUCCACGUGAGGUCCAUUGAUCCGCGCACCCAGCCAGGGGCCGGGCAGGAGGGGCCGGCACGGAGCAGCCACCCCUGCAGAGAACCUGGCAGGGUUUCUGAACACCCUUCUGCUGCACGCAGCACGUCCGUAAGUAUCGGUGUGCACAGCUAGCAAGUCUCACUUAACAUCAACAAAUGCUCAAUACGAUCUAAAAUCACCAGAAACAGCUAAAAGUGGAUACUAGUAAAGGGAGGCACAAGGCAAGUAAGCAGAGAUUUUUCUGUCUACGGAAUUGUUUUUGUACGUCUAGGUCUAGGUAUUGCUUUCUUUGUAUACGAUAUGAGUGCAUCCUUUGCGACUUGCAUGCUGCUUCACUGCUAUUAAGGUUCGCCUUUUGCCAGAGAGAUCAUUUUCUCACAGAAGCUGAAACAUUGGGAGCAAUAUUUACAGUUAUUGUUUGGAAGAGCAAAUAAGGGAUAGACUAAAGUCAAAUUCUGAUGUGAUUUCCAGGUUCUGAAUCACCUUCGGAUAAUUGCUGGGGUUAGAUGCAGACAAAAGCUACCUUUGCUCUUAAAAACGAUUCCCCAAAUGGCUCUGCCUUUACAUUUCUGCUGAAAAGACCCAGGUAUUUUGAAAUAGAGGAUGAAAGCACCGGCAGAGCAGCCUUCUCUGAAACUUGAAGGCAAAAUGGAUUCAGCUGAGAACAAAGAAAAAGAAGUUGAUGUGGGAUUAAAACAAUUUCAAACCCCUUUUGUGGUUUUUAGACAUUUACUGCAAGCGACCGGCUCUUCUUUCCAGCCUGCCUGCGGGGCCGUUGCUCUUCUGGCUAUGUGAAGGCGUUACGGGAGGGUGCGGUCCCAAACAAGCCCCUUUCCAGUGCGCCCACUGCCCAGCGCCCGCCUCUCCGUGGUGCCCCUGGAGAACCUAUUGCACCACAGCGGCUCCCUCCAGCUUCGCGUCGUAAGUCGGUGUUCCUAAUGGCGACUGCAUCUUCCUCAGCUUCCUAGAGACCCAGAGCAGCUGGAGCUGGCAGAGUGUUUGUUGCAUUGGCCGGAGCUGUGAUCCCACAAGCCGCCUUGAACCGAGUGGACGCUCAGGUUAACUCGCCAUGCCUCGCUCGCUGCUGCACUCAGCCAAGUCACAGAUGACGGGUGUCCUCGAGGAGUUUGACCCUUACUCUUCCUUGGCCAAACUCAUGUCAGUCUACCAAGCAACUAACAGGACCUCCUUCAACUGGACAGACAGUCGAAUUAUUGAGUGGGAGAAAUUUGCCGAACUGGCUAAAUACGAGCCAGAAUCCCAGAAACCAACGGUGAAAGCUCUCCUAAUUGUGGCCUACUCAGUGAUCAUCAUCAUGUCCCUCUUUGGGAACAUGCUGGUGUGCCACGUGGUGCUCAAGAACAGGAGGAUGCACUCGGCCACCAGCCUCUUCAUCGCCAACCUGGCGGUGUCGGACAUCAUGAUCACGAUGCUCAACACGCCCUUCACCUUGGUUCGGUUCGUGCACAGCACGUGGGUCUUCGGGAAGGCCAUGUGUCACGUCAGCCGCUUCGUGCAGUACUGCUCCCUCCACGUCUCCACGCUGACCCUAACAGCCAUCGCCCUGGACCGGCACCAGGUCAUCCUGAACCCGCUGAAGCAAAGGAUGUCGCUGACGAAAGGAGCACUGAGCAUCUCCGUUAUCUGGCUGCUGGCGACCUGCUUCUCCCUGCCGCACGCUGUCUACCAGAAGCUUUUCCAGUACCACUACAGGGAAGCUACUGUCCGGAGUUUGUGCCUCCCUGAUUUUCCCGAGCCUGCAGAACUGGUCUGGAAAUAUCUGGACCUGUCCACCUUUCUCCUCCUGUACCUCCUGCCCCUGCUCGUCAUCACCGUCACCUACACACGCCUGGCCAAGAAGCUGUGGCUGCGCAACGCCAUUGGAGACGUCACCACGCAGCAGUCCGUCACCCACCACAGGAACAAGAAGAAGAGCAUCAAGAUGCUGGUGCUGGUGGUGGUGGUCUUUGCGGUCUGCUGGUUCCCCCUCAACUGCUACGUCGUGCUCAUCUCCAGCCUGGGCAUCAAGACGAGGAACUGGCUGUAUUUCGCUCUGCACUGGUUUGCCAUGAGCAGCACCUGCUACAACCCCUUCAUCUACUGCUGGCUGAACGAGAGCUUCCGCUCCGAGCUCAAGUCGCUGCUCUGCCUGCGCCAGAAGCUGCCGCGGGCUCAGGACAACGUGCUGCCGCCUGUGAUCGCGCCCUGCCGAGAGGCAUGGAUGGAGCAAGCCAGGUGCAAGAAGGGCCCUUCCUCGCAGACGCUUUGCUCUGCUGUGAAUGUCCGGACAGCCAACACGGAUUUGUGAGCCAAAGCGCUGCGGUGAGCUAAGUCAGCCGGAUCCAGAAUCCA